UUGUUUGUUUAUUAUUAAUUAGUAGAGAGCUUCCAUUGUUGUAGCUUUGAAGCUGUAUGAACAAAGCACCAAAUUCAUGGAAUCCCCAACUCCCAAUCCCCAAAGAAACUCCAUUCCUGACCCCCAAACAGAGCUUCACUCCUCCAUCAAUGGCGAAUCUCUCGAUUACACCGACCCCUACCUCUCUUUCGAAGAUGUCGAUAGCUCUUGCUCCACUCCUUACGUCAGUGCUCCUUCCAGCCCCACCCGUUCCCCCGUUUCCGGCUUCUUUUACAGUGCUCCGGCCAGCCCUAUGCACUUCGCCAUUACCAAAAACCCUUCCCUUUCCUCCUCCUCCUCUUCUAUGGACAACCAUUCUUCUUCCUUUGAGUUCGAUUUCUCCUCCAGGUUUGCCUCUCAUGCCGGCUCCACUUCCAUGACCUCCGCCGACGAGUUGUUUCACGACGGCAAGAUUCGCCCCAUGAAGCUUUCCACGCACUUGGAGUUCCCACUGCCGCCAUUGUUGGAUUUGGAGAUUGGUGAUGAAGACGGAGAUGGUAUCGUGGAGUUUGUUCGAGGUAGGGAUCUGCGGUUGAGGGAUAAGUUUCAGCGACGAAGAACUAGAUCGAUGUCGCCAUUAAGAAAUUCGCCGAUUGAGUGGAGGGAGGAAGAGAAUGGAGAUGGAAGCAAUGUCGAAUGCUCUGUCACAGCUGACAAGGAAGUUUCUGAAGAAAGUGAAGUAAUGGAGAAAGUUGAAGGAGUUGCCUCCAAUUCCGAGGCUAGUACUCCUUCGAUUUCGGCUUCGUCGUCGAGGUCGUCUUCAUCAGGAAGAAACUCGAAGAGAUGGGUUUUUCUGAAGGAUUUUCUGUACAGAAGUAAAAGUGAAGGAAGAAGCAACAAUAAUUUCUGGUCUAACAUAUCGUUUACUCCUGUAAAAGAGAAGAAAUCAGGAGGAACAAACCAGAGUAUCGCCAAGCAAAAGUUCAUUAAUCCAUUGGUGGGUCGUUCUUCAGAAGGGAAGAAAGCAAAAGGAGCAGUUGGAGCAAAGAAAAAUGGGGUUGGGAAGCCUGCAAAUGGAGUUGGAAAGAGAAGAGUUCCGCCAUCUCCACAUGAGCGUCAUUACACAGCUAACAGAGCUUACUCAGAGGAGAUGAAGAAGAAGACUUAUUUGCCUUACAGGCCAGGAUUGCUUGGUUGCUUGGGAUUCAGCUCAAAAGGAUAUGGAGCUGUGAAUGGAUUUACCAGAGCUUUGAAUUCUGUCUCUUCCAGGUAAAAUCCCUUCUUAAGAUAUAUAGAUUCUUGAUGGCUGGUUUGGUUUCUCCUCUCUUGUUUAGGUUCUAUAAAAUAAUGUCUUCUUCUCCAUUUUAGUGUGAAAGAAAAGGCUUUUCUGAGUGAUGGGGUUCUUCCUACUGAACCCAUUUUUGCCACCGAUAUGGCGGCUCUGUAAAUUUAUCUCUAUGGAAUAUGAAUUAGUUCUCACUUCUCACUGCAUCUGUUUGAUUAUUCUUUUC